UCGUUACCAAGUUUACAUUUAAAUCUAUAACUUUUUAAGACAUUAAUAGGAUACAAUGUAUAUGUACAAAAUGUAUGCCUGACUGCUCUAGGAGUACAAAAAACCAACUUAAGAAAUCCAAAUCGGGUAUAAAUACAGAUUUGUAAGCAUUAUGGCUAGUACUUCCUGGUUAAUCAUAUAUAACAGUGGACACAAUGUGAUGUUGUACAUGUAAUUGCUGCAAUGAAGAAGAUUUUAAGGAUAGCACUAUUAUCAAUUAUCACUGCGACCUUUAUUGUGACAGUAGCAGCGCAAUUGAAUCUUGCACCACAAGGAUUCGCGUUACAACGCACAACUUAUCCAGGACGUUUUGCACAUCUUGCAAUAGAAGGACCUGCAAAUAAUAAGAAGACUGAUGGAUGCGCUAAUACAGCUGCAAAUCAGCGUUAUGCAUGGUGGGGCCUACAACUUCCAGCAGUUGCCCAUAUGACAAACAUUUUGAUCUACUUCCGAGAAGAUUACCCAGAACGUAUGGAUGAGUUUCGUUUGUAUCUAGGGAAUGGAACCGCAGAUGAAAGUAAGGAUUCAAAUCGGUGCUACACAGACUUAGGAAUAGAAGGCCAACCUAACAUUACUCAGAAUAUUACUUGUAAUAUGCUAGCCAAAAAUAUGUAUUUCGUCAAUAGAAGACCCAGUGCAACUUGCUUCGUAGAAUUGUGUUACGUAGCAAUCUAUGGCUGCUUCAAAGGUUCAUGGAGCACAAACUGCACGAAAUCAUGUCCAGCAACAUGCAUAAGCAAUUAUUGUUAUCCUCAAAACGGUUCUUGUGUCUGGGGAUGUGACAAACAUAACUGUUUUAAUAACAAAUGUGAUAUAAAUACAGGUGCUUGUAUUGAAGGAUGCAUAGCAUUACGAGCUGGACAGUACUGUAACAAAUAUAAUUUAGCUUCAAAUGGGACAGCCACACAAAAUCAACCUAAACCAAAUCAUCCAGCAAGUUUGGCCAUUGAUGGUAACCGGACAAAGGGUCUGUGCUCCAUGACAAUCGGAUCAGGUUCUCACCUACAGGUCGACACUGGAUCUUUGAGUGUUGUAACUACAGUUUAUUUCACAUUUGGUGAUACACAAGUAACAACGGGUGAAGAUAUAGUAUACUGUUCCAAUACCAGUGAUUCCUGGGAUAAUGGCAUUCUGCUAUAUAAGGGUGAACGUCCGACUAAGGAUAUUAAUGUAUAUGCCGUUUGUAGAUAUAUUAUAUAUGUGCCACCUGCAGCAAGUGAAGUUGAUGUGUGUGAAUUUGAAAUUGGCGGGUGUCCCCUAGGAAGAUACGGAGACAAUUGUGAAAAGUUUUGCCACUGUAACGGACCAUGUGACUUAGUUACAGGAAAUUGUACAUCUGGUUGUUUAGAUGGAUGGAUUGGUUAUCGAUGUGACAUUGUCUGUGCUAAUGGAAACUUCGGAAGUAAAUGUAGUAGGCAUUGUUCUGCAAACUGCUUAAAUGAACCAUGUCAUCACGUAUCAGGCGAGUGUACUGGAGGUUGCAAUGAAGGAUGGGAAGGAUACCAUUGUACAAAAGAAUGUGACGUUGGGUAUUUUGGUAUUAACUGUUCGCAGACCUGUUUUGGAUGCAUAUCAAACCAAUGUGACAAAGUUAACGGCGUUUGCAAUAAUUCGAGUGAAUGUAAGCCAGGUUUUGUCAAAGGACAAAAUUGCAAUCAGGAAUGCGAGGAUUGGAAAUUUGGGAAAGACUGUGCAAAGGAAUGUAACUGUCGCACUGUACCUUGCAACAAGUUCAAUGGUCUUUGUUCUAAUGGAGAAUGUGCAAAAGGAUGGCAUGGUGAAACAUGUGAUAACGGCAUCGAAAAGCGUUAG